GGUAGUGCUGGUCAAUACUGUGCUGCACACACACAUCCACCAUCCGAGACUUACAGUCAUUGCCUCCGUUCUUAUACCCUUCCUCAUUAUCUUCACUCCUUCACUGCGAUUAUUCGACCUUCUCGGCCGCGCGCGAUCCUCGCGCGCGUGCCACACUUGAACGUGACACUCCCUGCCUUUUUCAAACGUCACUUUUAGGUCUCAACCCUUUUUCUGCCUCAAGCGCCGGCGUCGGCGUCGGCGCAUCAAUCCGCUGCAGACACGCUCACGACUCACAGACCGUGCGCAUCUCAUGAUGGCUUCUGCCAGCACUGCCAACAACCAUGCAAAUCCGGCCUCGGAUUCACUGUUGCCUCCAAUGUCGGAUGUACAGCCUUCAAUCGAGUUGGCCAACAAGCCUGCCAACGCUCUCACGCCACCCACGAGUGAGGAGAUGAACAUCGACCCCAAGCAGGAACCAGAAGAGUCGGAUCUAAGUGAGCUAGACCUGAGUGACGACGAUGACGAGGAAGUCUUUCCCGAUCACUUCUGGGACGAGGAGAAUGGCGGUAAAAUCCCAGUAUUUAAACCAACGAUGGACCAGUUUCGAAGUUUCAAGAGGUACAUCGAGAAGAUUGACAAAUACGGCAUGAAAUCGGGCAUCGUGAAAGUUAUCCCGCCAGCGGAAUGGCGUGCUUCUCUCCCGGCACUGGACGAACACGUGAAACGCAUCCGGAUCAAGAAUCCUAUCACACAGGAAUUCAACGGAACUUUUGGAACGUACACACAGCAGAACGUGGAAAAGCAGAGAUCCUACAACUUGCCGGAGUGGAAGGCUUUGACUGAGGAGACACAGUAUCAACCUCCGGCUAAACGUGGAGAGCGACGCAAGAAUCAGGAAAAGGUCACGCGAGGUGGUGGAAACGCUCGAGGACGGGUCUCUUCUGGAGCCCCUACCUCUCAGGACGAAGAGGUUUUGAAGUCAAAAAGGAAACCUGGCCGCCCGCGUCGAAACCCUCUCCCAGGCGAGGAGCUUGCGUCGGACGAUGAGGCUCAAGAGAAGCGCAUUCAGGAGCCGCCUACACCGAAUUCUCCUGCUCCGACAGAGAAGCCCACCAAACGACCCAGGGGCCGUCCAGCCAAGGGUGCAGGCCAGGCCAAGUCAGUAACUGCUCGACGUCUCAACAAUACUGCCGAGGCUGCCGAAUACGUGGAUGAGAAAGCUUUCAAAGACUUCGACUACCGCAUGGAGGGCCUUGAAGAAUUUACGCCUGAACGUUGUGCUGAACUUGAGACGCAUUACUGGAAGAGCUUGGGCUUCAAUCAGCCGAUGUAUGCUGCCGAUAUGCCUGGAUCACUCUUUGACGAUUCGACAACAAGCUGGAACGUGGCCAAACUGGAAAACCUGCUUGAUGUUCUCGGGACCAAAGUUCCAGGAGUCAACACUGCUUAUUUAUACAUGGGAAUGUGGAAGGCUACCUUUGCCUGGCAUCUAGAAGACGUCGAUUUGUACAGUAUCAACUACAUUCACUUCGGUGCUCCUAAGCAGUGGUACAGUAUUUCCCAAGAGGAUGCUCGUAAAUUCGAGCGUGCCAUGAAACAAGUCUGGCCCCUGGACGCCAAGAAUUGCGACCAAUUCCUCCGCCACAAGACUUAUCUCAUCUCGCCAGAUGUGCUUCAAAAGCAGUAUGGCGUCAAGGUGAAUAAGCUCGUUCACUACGAGGGUGAAUUCGUCAUCACGUACCCCUACGGCUAUCAUUCCGGCUACAACGUUGGGUACAAUUGCGCAGAAUCAGUAAACUUCGCCACCGAAUCCUGGCUCGACUACGGGCGCAUUGCUCGAAAGUGCAAUUGUGAAGCUGACAAUGUUUGGGUCGACGUGGCCGAAAUCGAGCGGAAACUGAGGGGCGAGCCAACUCCUGAAUAUUACGAGGAAACUGACGACGAGGACGAGGAUCUGGACAACGAAGAAGACGGAAAUUUGCCUUCACCACCUGCGAGCGUGAAAGGUCGCAAGCCCAAAACUAAGAAACGCAAACGGGAUGCCAAGACCGAAGUGCCGAAGAAGAAGACCAAAAUCCGCAUCAAGAUUCGCCGGUCGACCAGGGAGCCAUGUGUCAUGUGCCCGAACGACAACCCCUGGGAGCCGUUGCUUCACACAGACACCGGCAAAAUGGCGCAUCGCUCGUGUGCGCUCUACACACCCGAGACGUAUGUUGUCCUUGUUAACGGAAAAGAGAAGGUUUGUGGGGUGGCAAACAUCGACAAAGCUCGACUCGAGCUCAAAUGCAAUUUCUGUCGCUCAAGACGUGGUGCCUGCUUCCAAUGCUCGUACAAGAAGUGCGCCCGCGCUUUCCACGCGACUUGCGCUGUUGCGGCAGGAGUACUCAUUGAUGCCGGUCCCGUACCGACGUUCAGUGAGGACGGCACAGAGUACUUCGAGGAAGGCUUCGACUUUCGGUGUCAGUACCACCGACCAAAGAUGCCAAAAAAUCUCAACGUGGAUGCUUUAGAGAACAGCAAGCGGAUCAUCAACUUUGCGAAGGACCUCAAGCCGAAUGAUACAGUCCAGGCUCAGCAUUCUGGCGGCGCUAUUUUCGGCGGAUUAGUAGUGGAGAACAGGCCAUCAGAGAUGACUGUCAUCAUUGAUGUUCUUCCCGACGGUGAUCGUAUCGAGGUGGAAUGGAAGUGGUUGUCCCUGCUCAAUCAGGACGACUCGUUGCGGCCGAAGCCUUCUGCGUCCGCACUUCCCAUGCCUCAAAAUUUCAACAAAGACAACUUCUCCAUGUCCAAUCGCCAGGAUGGUGUCCCGACACAAGAUGAGCCAUUCCAUACAGAUGAGACUCUCAAGUGGUUCGACUUCUACAACCUGCAUAUGCCGCCUCCUGGCUACGCGAGCAGUCCGUUUGAGGUCGCAAAAAAGCCUGUCGUAGAUCUCGAGUCAGACCUGUUCUACUAUCUGCCGGACGGCUCUACCGAUGCGAAGCAGUUUUACACGGAAAAGCCUGGUAGUAAAGAGAUCUCGACGAGAGCCAAUUUCAUGGAGCGAAUGAUUGGUUCCGAUCGGUCUGCGAGCACAAACCCUCCUGCGAAACAACCCACUGCGCCAAUUCGUGCGCCCUCGAACGUGGUACCACGAAAUCCUCCCGCACAAACCGUCGUUGCACCCCGAAAUGAGAAGCCGUAUGUGUACAAGCCGCGCGAGCCUGCAGCGUCGAAUUCCACGGUAAAUACGCUAGACUUGUCGGCGUUUCCAGACUCGAGUGAGUUUUUCGCCGACAAUCAACAGCUGAUGGACACGUCCCGCAACAUUUCUCCUGUGAGAAUGUAUCAUCCACCGCUUGCACUAUACGGCUACCAGAGCAGCGACUCGUCGCGUCACUCGACACCACUACGAUCCUUCCCAUCCGACCAGUAUUAUUCUGCCAAAGUCUUGCCUGCCGCAUACAAUGGUGAAUAUUCUUCUUUCCGAAGACAAUCGCAGGGCUCGCAGACGCUCCAGCGACCUGACUUCGACACGAUGGCUGUCAGUGCGGGCCAGUCCAAGGUCAAUCAUAGGCAGACAGCAUCUGUUGGCGCGUCGUUUCAACCAGGUUCCAACAGCCGGCCACCGUCCUCAUCACAAAGUCAGCGUUCAUCCUUAGGUGGCCCAGCCACACCGGCGACGACUUUGUCAUCAAUUUCUAAGCCCGAGAUGUCUGCUGGAUACAUGGAGAAUCUUCAGAAGUACCCUUAUCUGGUCGAACAAUUCGCACGCCGACAGAAAAGUUACGAUUCGCCUUUUUCAACUGACGGUGGCUACGCGACCAAGUACAAUCCUCUCGAGCUUCAUAAGCAGGAGAACGCAAUUUCCGCUAAGCGGAACGAGAGCCGCCAUACACCCAAGAAUUCCAUUUCGAAUUUGCCGAACCCCCAAUGGAGUCCGCCUUCUGAAGUUUGGGUCAGGGCAGGCUUGUCCAAACCACCAACGCCACCACCCCAGCAGCAGCGGUCACAGCAUUUUCCAGCGGCUCUGCAAAAGUUCCCUUCGGGUGAUCCUCAACCUGCCCAAGAAUACACUCGGCAACUUCAAGGCUUACCCAGCACCGCUAGUCGAAACGGCGCGCAGGCACGUAUGCUGCGCGAUCAGGGCGUCACGCCGUACAAUCCCGCCGCCGGAUUCCUGCGGAACACGAAUUUCGAUGCAUCAAAGAUUUGGAGCAACCCACAAGGGCCCAUCACCAACCCCCUAGCAGACACUGCCACCCCGUCGUUCAUUUCCGGGAACGCGGCCGUGAAUGCAAGCCCAUGGAACGCAUUACCUCGCAACGACAAUGCAACGGGACGGAAGCCCCCAGGCCUUGGUUAUGACCCGAUGCUUCCGCAGAUGGGUGGCAACGAGACAUGGAGAUACAAUUGAAUGAGGGACUGUGAAUGAGUUCGAAUGGGACAUGACCAUCAGCAAUAAAAUAGGUAGCGUUCCUUGAGCAGCCUCAGGAACAAAUUUGGGAGGAAUAUGAGUAUACAGAGAAAAGUACCAUGCGAGCUUUGCUCGAUGUCAUACACAAUCUUGAUGUCGUGGAGGACCUUUGGGCACACAGUCUCCGCGAUUCCCAUGUGGUGAAUAGGUUCCAGCAGGAUUGCGAUUCCCUGGAGUAUCUAGGUAGCAAUUGCACGACUCAAAAGCACGUGUCAAUCUUCCAGAGUCCUCAUGGUCUGUGGGCAAUGCUCCGAUUUCGGCCAUCAACUUUG